AUGUCUCUGCCCGAACUGCCUACCAAUCGUCGAUUCUUAACUCGGCUAUUCAAUUCGCUAGCUGCACCACCACCAGCACCACCAGCCCCGUCAUCACCUGAUGCCGCCGCCUCGCUCACCGACGACAAGCACCACCCCAACCCCCUCGAUAGCGUACCACUCGCGGUGAAGAAACAACUACUUUCCUUGCAAGUUCUCUUCCCAACCGAAUUCGUUCCCGCGCUAGACGUCCUCGACCGCCACCUAGUCACUCGAUUUCGCAUCCGAAACCAUCCGUCUCCUUCUGUGCAUCGACAAGAUGGACACCAUUAUGCCGACGUGGUGAUGCGACUAGGCGGUGACGACGACGACGGCGACAAUGAUGAAGAGAUGCACAUGAGUGAUGAUGCACAACACAAAGAUGCGACGCGUACAUCUACCACAAAACACACCUCCCUCCCUCACGAAGAAGCAACAUCGACAACAUCAGUACCCGUAAAUGUCACAACUUCUGCUUACGACAACACCAAAUCAUCAAUCUACUACGUUCAAUCCGCCCAGCACCACCGCUCCUCCCGCUACUCCUCCACUUCCUCCUCCUCCGACCAAACCCCAACCUACCAAGUCCGCCUCACUACCUGGUCCUGCUCCUGUCCCGCCUUCACUUUCGCCGCCUUUCCUGCUAACCCCUCACCACCCUCUACUCCCCUCGCUAACCAUCAUGACAAUGACUCCCAUGAAAAUAAUGACACACCACAAGACCACCCCUGGAUCUUCGGCGGAAUAACACUAGGCGAUGAUAUGCCCCCCGUAUGCAAACACCUGCUAGCCUGUCUACUCGCUGAAAAGUGUAAGAACCUCUUUGGUCAAUUUAUCACCGAGAAAGUGGUUUCUGUAGAUGAAGCCGCAGGCUGGGCGGCUGGAUGGGGGGAUUGA